AAAACGAGGCCAGAAAGCAGGAAGUGAGAGUCAAGAGUUCGGGAGGUGGUCAUGAUAAAGUUUGGAACUAGAGAGUAGCAGAACUUGCCGGCAACCAGAAACUGUAAAACAGGCAUGGCGUCUACGUAUACACUGCCAACUGGGGACAAACUGCUACCUAAACCACGGGUACAGAUUGAGUCCUCCACAACGUCCAACACCAACCCUCCACUGCGGACAAAACGGGUGGUCAGGACCCCAUCUCAGACCAGUCUGGAUAGUAAGGGGACAGUUUUACUGCGACAAGCAAUGCCAAAAUACAGUUUUCAAACCAAAAAGCCCACAGCUGUAGUGGUGUCAACGCCGAGCCUCCCCAAUCCAGAGCUGGUGAACCAGAGUAAAGAGAAGGUGGAACCAACCAGUACGGCUGCACCUAACUCCAGACCGGUCAGUAAGGUAGAUCCUCUACCUGGGGCUGCUGUCACUGCUGGCCCGACAUCGAUACAGACCGCCAGUAACGUAAAUCGUAACAUGCCCCUGAUGACAAAGUUCCCAUCCCUUGAGUGUUUACCCUUCCCUGACCCCCUGGGGAGUCAGAUAGUCUCCUUACAAAACCAAAACGGGGAAUUACAAGACGAAAAUGAAAGACUGAAGAAAGAAAUGGAGAAUAUGAAAAGACAACUGGAUGUGCAGUUUCAAGUGAAUUCGGAGCUGAAGAAACUACUGGUGGCGUCCGUGGGAGACGACUUACAGUUUAGAGUGGAAAACCUUGCCAGAGACAGAGCCCAGCUUUCUACCGAGAUCGGAACAUUUGCCAAAAGGCGUACGGAGGACUACGAACACAUAGACAAAGUGUCCAUACAAGCUGACAUGUGGAGGAGCAAGUUCCUUGCCAGCAGGGUGAUGAUUGAUGAGCUGGCCUCAUCCAAAGCCUACCUGUCUAUAGUGUGUCAGGAGUCGCAAAGCGCUCUCCAACAGAUGUUAACUGAACGCCACGAGAUACGCUCAAACCUGAUGGAAACCUAUAAGAUACUCCAGCAGGUAAGGUCAGCAUUUGACCCCCUGAACUCCCAGAAGUCAAUGGGUGUGGCCUCUACCAACAGCCUUGACCUUGCUCGUGUGAACCAGCGACUGACGGAGGCCAUCCGAUAUAGACUGCUGCCCAGUCAUGUUGCUCUGGACUCUGUUGUCAACAUUGACCAGUGGACGGACAGCCUCACUCUGGCUGAGUCACGUGCAAAUGAGUUACUGUCCAAGAAGAUUGACCCAGAAGACGUUCAAAAACAAAUGUCCAUCGCUCUCCGUGACCCGUCCAUCAACGUGAUUGAUCGCUUCCAUCCCUUCACCCGCUUCGACAACCUCACUCUGAAUUGUUGUGUCCAGUGUCAGGGCGAGAUGUUUGCUAUAUAACAACACGGAAUCUUUGUUUCAAAAGUGGAAAUUUUAUGAUGUGGAUGUUUCCAGUAGUUUCUCAGAAAAUAUGCGAUGUUAAUAAGCACACACAAACAUACUGGCCACAAAAUGGCCACCAGCAUUACCAUAGAUACAAAUGACAGCAUUGUGAACGAUUUUAAGAGUCAAAGCAUGGAAAAAAUUUCAACUUCAACAGUGUUCUCAGUUGGGGAUUCAUAGAAUAGUUGUUUAUGUGAUAUACAGUUUUAUGUUACAGUAUAAAACUGAUGAUCUGGAUACAGAUCAGGAGGAGAAGGGCUCAUCUUUUACGCUGUAUUAAUGGGCUAAUGCAUGCUCCAGAGAAUUUAACAAUGUAAUACUAAGGAUAAUGUCUUUAUGGCCUGAUCGCCCAGACUUUUUUUUUCAAUAUCCAAGUUCUGUCUAUGGUAUAAAAAAAAAUGAGUGACUAGGAAUAGCAUGUCCGUGUCGUCCAAGUUGUGUAGGAACCAAGUUGUCCUCUAAUGACCCAAACUGUGUAUGACCACCUUACUAUAUCCUCCGUGUCCUUAGAUAUACAUGUGGUGCCUCACUGGGCCAUCAACACAAUGCUUGAAGCAACCUGUAAGUGCCUCACUUGGCCAUCAACACAAUGCUUGAAGCAACCUGCAAGUGUUGCACUUGGCCAUCAACACAAUGCUUGAAUCAACCUGCAAGUGUCACACUGGGCCAUCAACACAAUGCUUGAAGCAACCUGUAAGUGCCUCAAUGGGCCAUCAACACAAUGCUUGAAGCAACCUGUAAGUGCCACACUGGGCCAUCAAAACAAUGCUUGAAGCAACCUGUAAGUGUCACACUGGGCCAUCAACACAAUGCUUGAAGCAACCUGUAAGGGCCACACUGGGCCAUCAAAACAAGGCUUGAAGCAACCUGUAAGUGCCUCACUGGGCCACCAACCCAAUGCUUUAAGCAACCUGUAAG